AUGCGCAAUCUCAGCCUCUUCCUAACAGCUGGCGUUUUGGCAGUUCAGGUCGCUGGCAGCAGCUGGCUUCCUGGCCAGCGCGCAGUGUACAACAAGUGGCAUGAGACUGAGCUCGAGAGAUGGCUUUCUGACCACGGUAUCCCGCAUCCCAAGCCGGCGGACCGAAAAGAUAUCGAAGAUCUCGUUGAGAAGAACUGGAAAGACUACGUCAUCGAACCCUACCGCAAAUGGAGCCCCUCCGAGCUCAGUGCUUUCCUCGUCUCUCGAGGCAAGGAGGCCAAGGCAGGUGCCGAUGAGACUGUUGAGAAUUUGAUUGAGAGCGUCAAGGCCAAUUGGUACGACUCGGAAGAGGCCGCAGGAAAAGCCGCCACAGAAACUAAGGACUGGAUCCUCGAUAACUGGUCCGACAGCCAGCUCAAGGCGCUCUGUGACAAGCAGGGCAUUCCUGUCCCUGCCACCAGCAACCGCGACGUCCUCCUGACCAAGGCCCGUCGUGGUUUCGAGGUUGGCUCUAAGGCGGCAGGCGAAACCCUCUCCUACCCCGGCGACUGGCUGUACGAGUCUUGGUCGGAUUCGGAUCUCAAGAAGUGGCUUGACAAGAACGGCUUCCCCGCUCCCCAGCGGUCCAACCGUAACGUCUUGGUUGCUGCUGUCCGACGUAACUCCCACCUUGCCUACCUCAAGGGUCAGGAACAGGAAGCCAAGGCUAGGGCUCACGCCAAGUCUGCUUACGCCAAGAUCACUGACAAUAUUAUUGAUGCCUGGAGCGAAUCCGAGCUGAAGAAGUUUGCCGACGAGAACGGCAUUGUCGUCCCCCAGGGUACAAGACUCAACGAGUUUCGCGCCGCCGUCCGUCAGCACCGUGCCGAGAUGUUGGGCACCGACGUGCACGGCAAGGCCACCAAGGCUUUCGGCGCUGCCACGAGCCGAGCCAGCAACGAGUAUGCCAAGGCCAGCGAGGACGCCACCCUGAUUGUUCAAAAAGCUUUUGAGGAUGCUUCGAGCACCUGGUCCGAGAGCCGCCUCAAGUCGUACCUGGACGCGCGUGGAGUUCCUGUUCCCCAGAACUCCAACCUGGAUAGUCUCCGCGCCCUCGUGCGCAAGCACUCGCACAAGGCUGUAUCUGGCUGGACGGCCUGGACCUUUGAUGACUUUGACAAGCAGACACUGCAAAAGUAUCUCCAGAAGCACGGCGAUAAGGCUGCCAAGGUGGUUUCGAAGAAGACGGAUGCCACUCGUGACGAACUCGUCAAGACCGCCCAGUCUGCCUACGCCAAAGCGGAGAAGAAAGGCGGCGAGGAGUACGAGGCGGCCAAGAAAUACGGCACAGAGCUCAGCAGCGAGGCCAAGGACAAGGUCUUCGAAGCUUGGUCCGAGUCGGAUCUCAAGGCGUACCUCGACAGCUACGGCAUCCCUGUUCCACAGGGCUCCAAGGCUGAUCAACUGAAGGCGCUCGCCCGUAAGCAGUGGACCUUCUUCAAGUAUGGUACGACGACACCUCACGGCACUCUGCUCGCUCAGGUCGAGGACAUCUUGGCCAACGGUCUAAGCUGGCUCCAGAAGCAAAUCCGUGCUGGUUCCGAGGCUGCUAAGGAAAAGGUCGGCGAGGCUGACGCCGCUGCUCGCAAAAAAGCCGCCAAGGUCCAGGAGGAGCUGUAG